UUUAAUUACCUCCGUUUCUGAGGACAUGAACCUAAAAUUCCUUUCAAUUGAUUAGAGGGUUGGGUUUCAACUUCUUAUGCCUCUAGUGUUCACUCAUUUAAUUGCAGAGAAGAUAUCAAAAUGGGACAUUCUCUGGCUUUAACAUCUACAACCCAUAUCCAACAUGGCAUUAUGAAUCCAACAACUGGGGCUUUACCUAGGGUAAGUAAUACAUCUUUUCGAAGGUCAUCUAGAUUAUUCAGAAUUCAGGCUGUGCAAGAUAAUGGCGGAGGGCCUCGGCGGCUAGUUGAUAUUAUCCGUGUCGUGCCAGAGAU